CAGACUUCUGUGUUUGGCUUGUAGAUUUCAUCACGUCACCUUGUCUGAUGAACACUUUGUGCUUUCUUACAGAGUUCACUAGAAGAAUUGUGGUCCUGGGAAAGACCGGAGCUGGAAAGAGCAGUCUUGACACAUUAUUUGGAGAGAAAGUGUGUGAAACAAAUCAGUCCACAUCUGGAACAGCUAAAUGUCAAGCAGAGUCGAGGAUAGUCAAUGGACGGAGCGUUACUGUGAUCGACACUCCUGGGUUUUUUGACACAGGGAGGUCUGAGGAGGAGAUGAAGGUUGAAAUAGUGAGGUGCAUCACAGAGUGUGCUCCUGGUCCUCAUGUCUUCAUCAUCGUGCUGAAAGUGGAGAAAUACACAGAGCAGGAAAACGAAGUCAUAAACAGGAUGGCUGAUUAUUUCUCAGACGAUGCUCUGAGGUUCGCCACCGUGCUUUUCACUCAUGGAGACCAGCUGCCUGAGGGAGAGAAGAUCGAAGCGUUUGUCAGGAAAAGUAAAGACCUGAGUCACGUCGUCAGGAAGUGCGGUAACAGGUGCAACGUCAUUGAUAAUAAAUACUGGAAUAACAACCGGGACGAAUACAGGAGCAACCAGUUCCAGGUUGAAGAGCUGCUCAUCACCAUGGACACGAUUAUCAAGGCAAACAACGAAGGCUACUAUACCCAUGAAAUGCUCCAGAAGGUGAAGAGAAGCAUUGAAGAAGAAGAAGAUCGUCUGAAAGAAGAUGAUGAAAUGCCUUCACUGUGUGAGAUCAAAGAAAAGUCUAAAGCUGUUGCCCGGAGCAACGUUGUUACACGAUGUUUCAGGACUGAACACAAGGGCUUCUCUGUAGAUCUGUCUCUGGACAGGGGGGCGCUGAGGACCGGGUUCACAGGUCUCCCAGGUGAACGCGUUGGUCAUGCCACACACUCACUGCAGAGAAACGAGUCAAACAGAACCCUCAACCUUAUGUUGCAAUGGAAGCAUCAGUGGUUCGGUUUACUUGAAAGCUUUGAUGCGGUCCAAGAGUCACCGGGAGAGUCUUGGCUGCAGAACGGCUUCCUCGCUGGACGCCUCGCUGAACUCUAUAAAAAGGGAAUGCAUAACUACUGGGAUGACUUCACUGUAAGUAUGAACACAUGCAGGGUUGGAGAACAUUUAACUAAUACAUUGAUGUCCUGUCAUUGUUCCCCUCUAGAGCUGACCACAUUCAGAAUUGUUCUUCUGGGAAAAAGUAGAAACGGGAAGAGCAGCCUGGCUAAUGUCCUUUUUGGAGAAACCAAGUUCAAAGUUAAAAACCUAAAUGACUCAAACACAGUUACCUCUGAUGCACGAACCAAAUGUAUCAAAGGCAGAAACCUCACUUUGAUCGACACUCCUGGUUUCUUGGACCCGGGCAGAACUGAGAAAGAGGUAAAGCCAGAGUUGACGAGGUGUGUUGCGGAGUGCGCACCUGGACCUCACGUCUUUCUGAUUGUUCUGAAAGUAGAGAAACACACUGAACACGAGAAGGCUGUCAUUAACAACAUACGUGAGUACUUCUCAGGUGAUGCCCUGAAGUACGCUGUGGUGGUCUUCACCCACGGGGACCAGCUCCCAGAGGGGAUGAAGAUAGAGGAGUUUGUGGAUCAAAGUGAGGAGAUGAAGGAGCUGGUGGAGAAGUGUGGUGGCCGCUGCCAUGUUUUUGACUGUAAAUACUGGAAGAACAACGAUCAGGAGGAUGCUUACAGAAGCAACCAGCUCCAGAUGGCAGAGCUGCUCAACACCAUCGACAAGAUCCUGAUGGAAAACACCGGAGGAUACUACACCAACACAAUACUCCGUGACAUGGAGAGGGAAAUACAGGAAGAGGAAAGAUCCAUCCAAGAGACAUCACAGAAAAUGUCUAAGGAGGAAAUCAGAGAGCUAGCUAAAAGUAACGUCGUUAGAAAGCAGCUGAAGGCGGCUUCUCGUUGGAUUAAAGGUUUGGUUGCUGCAGGUGUAAUUGUAGUGUCAGCAGUGUGGAUUGGUUCCAGAUCUGAGCCGACAUUAACAGAAGUUCCACUUCCCCUACUGGACCCAGUUAACCAAGGAAUGAUGACAAUUGGGGAAGCAAUACUGACCUCAGCAAAAGAAGCAGGAGCACAGAUGCCUCCGAUAGCUGUAAGUAGCAUGCAGCUACCGGUCAGUGUGGUGCAGGAAGCUGCUGAGGCAGGAAUAGAGAACAUAGCUGAGCAUUUAUUUAGGUUUCAGGAGCAGUUGUUCACUUCUUUUAAUCCGGCCACUUACUUUGCUCAGCUGAUUGCCGUAAACAAACAUAACUCUAAAGUCCUGUUUGACACCAUAAACCAGAUUGUUUUACCUCAUGCCCCUCUUAUGCUAGUUUACUCAAGGAUUGACUGUAACAACUUUCUAGCAUUCUUUGUGAAUAAAAUUAGAGAUUUCAUGUUUUUCACCCCUUUCUACUUCCUACCCCCAUCCAACCACCUUCCUCCCAAUCAUGUCUUGGGAGUGCAGCAUUUCCCUCAGAAACACACUGCAGAAAACAUGGCCACAGUUAAAAGGAGCCUCAUGAAGGAGUGGGGCAUAGCAGGCAAAGUCAGGUGUCUUGUCACUGAUGCAGCAGCAAACAUGAUUGCAUGUGCUCGAAUGCUGCAAGUACGGCAAACCAUUUGCAUUGCCCAUUCCAUAAAUUUAAUUGUAAGAAAAUCAUGUGAUCAAAUCUCAACACUAACAGAACUACGCAACAAAGCACGGCAAAUUGUGACAUACUUUCGAUCAAGCACCAUGGCCAAGGAAAAGCUCACUCAAAUGCAGCAACAGCUGGGAACACCAUUGCAUAAAUUAAUAAAUGAGGUGCCGACACAAUGGAACAGCACCUACCACAUGCUGGAGAGACUGACUGAGCAGAAGGAGGCAGUCUGGGUGUCACUGGCCUCAUUAAAAACUGAUCUCACUCCACUGACUCCAGAAGAAUUUGAAAUCAUUGAAGAGAUGCUCAGGGUGCUUGCUCCUUUUUACCAAGCCACAAGAGAACUCUCUGAGGAAAAAAGAGUCUCGGGGUCAAAGGUUAUUCCAUUGAUGAGAAUGAUCCACAUUGAGCUUCAACAUCAAUCUUCAACGGUGACAAAACCCACUGCUAAACAGCUGGCUGAAAAUCUGUCAAAGCGGCUAACCGAGUCCAUCUGCAACAUGGAAUCGCUCAGUGUGAUGUCACUGGCAACAUUGUUGGACCCCAGGUUUAAAACUGCUGGCUUUUUUAGUCCACUGAAAGCAACUGAAGCUGUCAAGAGACUGAAGUCAGAGUGUGCUGCUGAAAUGAGGAGCCAUGAGCCUGACCCAGCAGUAGAGGAGCCUAGCACUUCACAUGGAUCAGAACACAGUUCAGGAGUUAGGGGCUGCGGCGCUGGCUGGCUGGAGCUUUUAUGCAGGUCCAUUGAUGAGGAGCAAAUGAUCCCAGCUGGGCACCCGGGUGUGGCAGCAGACCUGCAAACAAACACCAAACAGGAAGCUCUCUACUCCAAGAGAGCCCCUACAGAGUUCAUUUUAGAGUCCAGACUAGAACUUUCAAUACUCUACAUCAGGGAUUCCCAAAUUAAAGUCCCAUUAGUCAUCAUCACUCAGGUGAACAUCAUCACCACAUUGGACCCCUCCCUGUGGGGAGCGGUGAGCUGCAGCUGUGGCCGCGUUCGGGAAACCACAAACAAAAACAUGGCUGCGUUUAUGAACAUGACCUCACCUGGGAGUAGAAAAAGAAAUGUUCUAGAAACACAAACGAUGGAGGUAGAAGAACAUGGUCAUGUUCAGCAUGCACAUGCAAAUCAGUGUAUUUUAAAAAGAACAACUAUUACCAAAAAGAACAAGUAUUACCCCGGCUGCGCACUGAAAGCAUCAUCUGCACUUCUGGAACGAUACUGUAAGGCGAACCAACAGGCCAAACCAGGAAGAAACGAAAGAACAGUAAAAACACAACAAAGACUCCGUACAGACAAGACUGUCCUCGCCCCGAUAAACACCCAAGACCUGUUCCAAGUGGCUGCUCUGAUCUACUUUACCAUGGACGGCUUCCAUUGGACGUUUUCUUACUUUUACCAAUCUUGUCUUCUAGAGCUGAAUUCAGUAAGGAUUGUCCUCUUGGGGAAAACGGGAUCUGGAAAAAGCAGCCUGGCCAACACCAUAUUUGGACAGAAGGUCUUCACCAUAGGCCAUUUGCCAGUUUCAGAAUCAAGUCCGUCCCGAGCAGAAACCAGGCUUGUGUGCGGAAGAAACAUCACUCUGAUUGACACUCGUAGUGUUUUUGACACGAGCGUGUCUGAGAAUGACCUCAAGGAGGAGAUAUUGAGUUGUAUCACACAAUGCGCUCCUGGGCCUCACGUCUUUCUCAUUGUCCUCAAAGUGGAAAAAUUCACAGAACAUGAGAAGGAUGUCAUCAAGACAAUAUGCCAACACUUCUCUGAAGAUGCUCUGAAGUUUGCUGCAGUCGUUUUCACUCACGGAGACCAACUGCCUGUUGGGAUGAGAAUUGAGGAGUUCGUUGGUCAGAACAAGAGCCUAAGUGACCUGCUGAGGAGAUGUGGGGGCAGGUGUCAUGUUGUUGAUAAUAAAUACUGGAAAGUUGAUGGUGAUGAUCCUUACCGAAGCAACAAGUCCCAGGUGACAGAAAUACUGAAAACAACAGAGAAGAUAAGCAUGACUAAUGGUGGAAAGUGCUACACUAAUGAGAUCUUACAGCAAGUUAACAGAGAUAUACAGAUAGAGGAGGAGACUAUCGGAGAGUCAUCAGCAAACAUGUCACGUGAGGAAAUUAGAAACAGGGCUCGAAGCAAUGUGCUUAAAAGGUGGCUGGUGACACUUGUGGGAGCUGCAACAGGUGCUUUAUUAGGAGCCUUCCUCGGUUUGGUACAGAGCAUUGCGGAUGUUGUUUCGAAUCUGCAAGGACCUUCAAAUUCUUUAGGCAAAGGAAAAGCCUCAUUAGAUGCUGCUCUAAAGGCAGGGAUCAGGGGAGGAAUGAUAGGAUAUCAAGCUGCUGCAGAUGCAAGAGAUGUAGAAGAUGCAUUUCAGAGAGCCAAGAAGGAUGUUUGGAACAACUCCUCCAUGUUGGGAUUAGAAUGUCGGAGUGAAGACAAGCAAAAGCACUCAAAAAACACAAAGAAACCACCAAGUAGCUGAUGUUUUCAGUUUUCACUUAGAUCAUCAGUUCACAUGAAAACUAAUCAUUAUAGAAAAGUUAAGACACAAUAUUUUGUUUAGGAGACAUGGGGGUUAGGUAUAAAAGAUUUCCAAAUGAUUAUGGGUGAAAAUGCAGCAGCUGGGUAAGGAACGUAGCUUAACGCUGAGGAGAACUCUCUGAUUUUCUUAUAUUUUUUCUGAGAAAGCUCAAUUUGUUUACCUGAAGGGGCGGGACUUAAAUAUCAUACUGCAGCCAGCCACUAGGGGCCUCUGUCCCCCUAGCUUUUGUGCUUGUUGAUGGUGUAGACAUACAGCACGUUACUUUAUUUUUAGCUUCUUAAAGAUUUUGGCACUUUUACUGAUAAAAAAGCAUCAAAACUACAAAUGAGUAUGGACAAUUCUUAAAAUAAAAUUCCUAAUAUUAAAUGUCACUUUUAUUGCUUGUUUUAAGAAGAUGGGAGAUGUUUCGUUGUCAUCGGUGUAAUUGAUUUUAAUUAUUUCAGUUUGAUGCAAAUGCAUUUUAGCUUUCUGUUUAAAUAAUUAAAAUAUCAUUACAAGGCCAUACCUAAAAGAUUUCCUUCUUUUGACUUUAAUAAAAUUAUACACAAUUGUUUAA